CCAGGGUCAGCCCACCACACACAUCCUUGUCACAUCCCCUGCCGUGUCCCCAGCCACGUCCCAGCCAUGUCCCCUGCCACAUCCCCACCAUGUCCCCACCGCGUCCCCAGCCGUCCCCUCCGCCGCAGGUGGCCGUCGUCCCCCAGGAGCCGGUGCUCUUCUCCCACUCCCUCCGGGGGGAGUGGAGCCGGGCGCAGCUGGUGGUGGCAGCCCACCAGGCGGGUGCCCACACCUUCAUCACCCGCCUGCCCCUGGGCUAUGACACAGGUCGGAGGUGUGUCCCCCUCCUCGACGUCCCUGUGUCCCCGCGGUCCCUGGUCCUGGUGUCCCCAGGUCCCUGGCACCUGGGUUCCCUUGGCCGCCAGUCCUGGUGUGCCCUUGGUCCCUGGUCCCCAUGUCCCCUGGGUCCCCACUCCCCACAGCCCCCUGGUCCUGGGGGGGGUCCCCAAUCCCAGCGUCCUGUGGGUCCCUGAUCCCCAUGUCCCCUCUGUCCCCACACCCCGGGGGUCCCCACUGACGAUGCCGCCCGCCGCAGGUGGAGCAGGAGAUCUUCGGAGCCGCAAGGGCCGGGUGCGCGGAGCUGCUGGUGACAGGGCAGGUGGCCCUGGCCAUGCGGGCGCAGCGGGUGGCCGUGCUGGAGGGGGGACGACUGCACGAGCUGGAGUCCCCCAAGGAGCUCCUGCGCCCCGGCAGCCGCUACUGGUGCCUGCUGCAGGGCGGGGGACAAGGGGGGACAGCGGGGGACGGGGACACGGGGAAGGAGGGGGACGGACAGCGGGAGCUGGGGAUGGGGACAGCAAGGGAUGGGGACAGUGGGAGCCAGGAUGGGGACACUAAGAGAUGGGAUGGGGACACCAAGAGCAGGGAUGGGGACACCACAAACCAGGAGAGAGACAGUGAGAGCAAGGAUGGGGACGGCAAAAAUUGUGACAAGCCACCAUGACAGCUGUGACGGGGAGCAGGGGUGCCAGGCUGGGCACACUGCCAUAUCCCUGCUGUGUGACGGUGACCGGGCUG